AAGGCGCUAGACUUCAAAAAUACACUCCACCAACUCUACCAAGAGAACCUUCCCUCACACCCUUCCAUCACCAUGAAUUCUUCUUCUCCUUCUCCUUCUCCUUUAUUACUAUCACAAUCCGAACAACAACGACUCAUUGAAAAACUCGAAAUCUUCAAGAUUCAAGGCAAAGAUAAACAUGGCCACAAAGUCCUUCGCAUCAUCGGAAAACUCUUUCCUGCGAGAAUUGUGGGCGUUGAGGCUUUAAAGAAGUAUUUGGAAGAAAGGGUCUUCCCAAGUUUAGGUGAGCAACCAUUUUCAGUGGUGUACUUGGACACCGGCGCCAACAGAGGAGAGAAUUUUCCCGGUGUAUCGGUUCUCCGAUCAGUCUACAAUGCGAUUCCGGUGAACGUCAGAGAUAAUUUGGAGGCUGUUUAUUUCGUGCACCCUGGCUUUCAGUCCCGACUCUUCCUUGCUAGCAUCGGUCUCUUCCUCUUCAGCGGAGGGUUGUAUCGGAAGCUCAAGUACGUGAGCAGGUUGGAGUAUCUAUGGGACAACGUGAGGAAGAAGGAGAUAGAGAUACCAGAGUUCGUGUACAAUCAUGACCAGGAGCUGGAGUACUAUCCCAUGAUAGAUUACGGACUGGAGAGCGAUCAUCCGAGAUUAUAUGAUGCUCUUAUGGUGAACUAUGCAAUUUCUACCUACUCCAUGAGGCGUAUCGCUUAGCAAAAUAGUCUAGAUGAUGAACAACGGAGGCUGACCUGAUCCUCGGAUUCGGAUUCGGAUUCGGAUUCGGAUUGAUCUGUGUUCAGUGUAGGUAGUGUUUUAAGAAAAUAUGUUUAUAUUGUCGAAAGGGUAGUAUGUGUUUAGUUGGAGAGAGGUUUAUAAAUAAGUCAAAAGGAAAAAAGAAAGAGCAAUUUUAUAAGUACUUGAGAAGAAAAGAAGCAGCUUUGUAUAAGUAGUAGUUGUGACGAAAUGAAAUAUCAACAAACUAAUGAAAGUAAAUUUGUGAUCUCUCAAGUGGGUUCAUGGUCCAAUCGAAUGUUUUAGCACGCGACAAGAAUAUGUCACAUAGAAAGUAACAUAUUCUUUAAGUAAAGCUUUCUAACUAGGGCCACAC